AUGCAUGCAGCCCAGGGGCAGAUCAUGGUAGUGACUGGCUCCUCCAAAGUACCCAACAGCCUUUCCUCGCCAGUUCCCCUCAAUCCUCCCCUCCCUCUCUCUCCCCUCCUCAGCCGCAGCAGUCACCAGCAAAUGGGCAAGUGUGGCGUAACCUUCCUGAUGAGGCCAGGUGAAGAAGCGCGAUCUGCAAACCAGGCAGCCCAGUCCACAGGCCAACUGGUGAUCUGUCUCCGGUAUCCUGCAGGAUGCCCGAUCGCGCCAGUUCCCGGACCACCCCAAGUCUCCCCAAUUCCUCCGCUGCGCCCUCGGGAUGAUGUCGGUGACCAGGGCCUAAUUUUCCAUUCGACCAAAUCGAAGGGGAUCUCCAUCCUGCUCUCAGGGCUGCCCAACUGGUGCACCCACCCCCGCCGAGUCGGUGCGCUUCCCAUACAGUCGGGUACCGGAUCUCCCCUCCCUCUGUCUCGCCUUCGCUCGCACUGCUGA